AUGCUGAUGGCCGUGUUCGAAUGGAUGCUGUGGCUUGCAGCAUUUAUUUACUGUCUGGUGAAGGUAUACACCAAGGCAGAUCAUUGGAGCAUAAGGGCUCUAGCAGUGGUGAUGAUGGUUCUGUUUUCUCUCAUCCGACUAGCAUUCCUUCCCGUAUUGCUUGUGACGCUUCCCUUGCCGCCUCAAAUCACAAUCUACCUGCCUUACCAGAUGGUCAAUGGAUUUCAGAUAUUUGCUUUCUGGGCCUUCUCGGUCCUUCUCAUCGGCCCCUGGUUAUGUUGUGUUUAUGUACUCACAACCAACUUCCUGGGGAGAAAAAAGAGGAUCAAACACGUACUUGACGACCGUACUGCGCCGAAAACAGUGGUGGUUAUGCCUGUAUACCAGGAGGCACCAGCCGUCUUGAUCAAGGCUGUCGACUCUGUGGUUGACUGUGAUUAUCCUGCGAGCUGCAUUCAUGUCUUUCUCUCUUAUGAUGGGGGCCAGGUGAAUGAGCAAUUCCUUCAGGUUAUUGAACAUCUGGGUAUCCCAAUUUCUCUGAUGAGUUUUCCCCAGAGCAUUGACUGCACGUACAAAGGGGCACGCAUCACCGUCUCACGGUUCAAGCAUGGCGGUAAACGACACUGCCAAAAGCAAACUUUCAAGCUGAUCGACAAAGUUUACGCCGAAUACUUGAGAAGGCAUGAUAAUCUGUUCCUGCUAUUCAUUGACUCGGACUGUAUCCUCGAUCGAGUUUGUCUGCAGAAUUUCAUGUAUGACAUGGAGCUCAAACCCGGAAGCAAACAAAACAUGCUUGCAAUGACAGGCAUCAUCACUUCAACCACCGAGAAGAACAGUCUGAUCACUAUUCUCCAAGACAUGGAAUAUGUCCAUGGUCAACUGUUUGAACGGUCGGUGGAAUCUGGCUGCGGUGCCGUGACUUGUCUUCCCGGGGCUCUCACAAUUCUGCGCUUUUCAGCUUUUCGCAAGAUGGCUAAAUAUUAUUUCUCCGACAAAGCUGAGCAGUGUGAUGAUCUUUUCGAUUAUGGAAAAUGCCACUUGGGAGAAGACCGCUGGCUCACCCACCUGUUCAUGAUAGGGGCGAAAGAGAGGUACCAGAUCCAGCUCUGCACAAGUGCAUUCUGUAAGACCGAGGCGGUCCAGGACUUUGGGAGUCUAUUGAAGCAACGUCGACGCUGGUUUCUGGGAUUCAUCACCAACGAAGUCUGCAUGAUUACCGAUACCAGACUUUGGGUGAAAUACCCUUUGCUGUGUCUGGUUCGGUUCAUGCAGAACACAAUUCGAACUACCGCGCUCAUAUUUUUCAUCAUGGUUAUCGCAUUGAUGACCACCUCCAAGAGGGUGGAAGAUCUUCCUGUCGGUUUCAUGGGUGUCUCCCUCGGGCUGAACUACUUACUCAUGGUGUACUUUGGUCUUCGUUUGAAGCGGUUCAAAGCAUGGCUAUAUCCUCUCAUGUUCCUUGUCAACCCCUUCUUGAACUGGGUCUACAUGGUGUACGGCAUCUUUACAGCCGGCCAGCGCACUUGGGGUGGACCAAGAGCAGAUGCAGCUACUGCUGAUGACCACAUUACGCCCGGUGAAGCAGUGCAGCGCGCCAAAGAACAAGGCGACGAGCUCAAUGUGGACGUUGAUACAUUCCGCAGUACUCUUGCACGGCGGCGGUCUGUCCCCAUUCGCCCAUCCGAGGCCGUCGAAGGGCGAUUCGCCCGAACGGAUCAUCUUGUGGAUGGGAUUUCUGUCAACACAUCGGGCCCAGGGCCAGCCUUGGCGCGAAUGGUGAACGCAAUGGAGGAUGCUGAAUACCACAAAGUUCCUCCCCAUCUCCGACAGUCAAUAGACUCCACGCCCAGUGAGUGGUCAGACUGCGGCUCUAGCUCAAUCGCCCUUCCACAGCGCGUUGAGCAUAUCGGGAUCAGCGCGGAAGACCAGCCAAACCCCGACCACGCCCGCCAAGCCCUGGCUUCUAUGAGCAACAGUUGGGACGAACACGGCUUGGCAAGCCCGUUCGGCGACAACUACGCUCUCCGGUCUAUGAGUUCGGUCUCCGAUCAUGAUGAACUGUUGAUGAGUCCUCCCGCUGAAGCCUACCAGACCAGCCGGACGGCGAAUCUGCUGCCUCGGUAUACUCAGCCCUCAGAACUUCCACAGUACGAGCCCCAGCACUCGUACUUCGAAACAAUUUGA